CGCGAUUCCGAGUGACACAUCCCGAGAAAACGUGGAACCACUUGGCACUUGUUGGGUUCUUCUUGCUCUGUCCGCCUGCCUGCCUGCCCGCCCAGUGCCCGCCCAGGAAGUCCACACCGCCACCCUCCCCAAGCUCAGCCCCUCAGCCUCCUCUAUAUAUUGCCAUUGGCUCCCACUGCCUUCCCGGAUAAUUAGUACUGGUAAGAGAGAGAGAGAAAGAGAGAGGAGAGAGAGGAAACAGAGGUCGAGCACCAGCCAAGCAGGAAGAACACCACGCCAUACACCUCACACCUUGGUGGCAGAGCAGCUGGUUGAGAACUCGAGAGGGGAGAGACAACUAGGCAAGAGCUUUAGGUACAAGGAAAGAUCCAGGGAGUCAUCCGCAAUGGGCGUCCUGUUCUCGUGCCCCGCCGAUGACUACGACCCGUUGGAGGAAGCGGCAGCGGCGGCGGCGGCGAGCUCUUCCGGCGGCGCGGAGCCGGCGAUCCUCAAGGCCCUGGGCUCCGGCAAGCUGCUCAUCGAGGGUUCGCUGAGCUUCAAGCGGGAGCAGGCCACCUCGGGCUCUCUGCAGGUGGAGACCAAGAUCUCCAUCAGGAACGGCGACGCCGCGGCGCCUGCGCCGGAGCCCGCCGCGCCGUUGCCCAGGGAGGUCGCCAGGGCGAGGUUCACCGACCUCGCGGCGGGUGCGGAGAGCCCGAAGCACGAGGCGGCGGCGCUGAAGCUGCAGAAGGUGUACAAGAGCUUCCGCACGCGCCGGCAGCUCGCUGACUGCGCCGUGCUCGUCGAGCAGAGCUGGUGGAAGUUGCUGGAUUUCGCGUUGCUCAAGCGCAGCUCGGUGUCCUUCUUCGACAUCGAGAAGCAGGAGACCGCCAUGUCUAAGUGGUCAAGAGCAAGAACUCGAGUCGCCAAGGUCGGAAAGGGAUUGCUGAAGGAUGAGAAUGCUCAGAAGCUCGCAUUGCAGCAUUGGCUCGAAGCGAUUGACCCGCGACACCGGUAUGGCCAUAACCUUCACUGCUACUACGAUUGCUGGCUUCACUGCGAAAGCAAGCAGCCUUUCUUCUACUGGCUUGAUGUCGGAGAAGGCAAAGAGAUCAAUCUUGAAGGCAAGUGCUCAAGAUCAAAGCUUUUGAGCCAGUGUAUCAAGUACCUUGGUCCAAAAGAAAGAGAAGACUACGAAGUAGUGAUUGAGGAUGGCAAAUUCUUGUACAAGAAGAGCCAGCAAAUCCUUGACACGUCUUGUGGACCGCAAGAUGCAAAGUGGAUCUUUGUUCUUAGCACAUCAAAGACAUUGUAUGUUGGCCAGAAGAAAAAGGGCAUAUUUCAACAUUCUAGCUUCCUUGCCGGAGGGGCUACUUCUGCUGCAGGGCAAUUGGUUGUUGAGAAUGGAACCCUCAAGGCUAUUUGGCCUCACAGUGGGCACUACCGCCCCACAGAGGAGAACUUUCAGGAAUUCAAGAGCUUCCUCAAGGACAACUUGGUUGAUCUGACCGAUGUUAAGAUGAGCCCGGCAGAGGAGGAUGAGGAGUUCUGGAGCAGUCUCAGAAGAAUCUCUGCAGAGAGCGAUAAAUCUGCCGGCAAAGCACCUGAAGAAACCGGCCCUUGCCAGGCACCUCAAGCUGUUGAAACUGUCUGCGCAGAGAGUGAAAAAUACGAAGAAACUGCAGUGGUAAGGGUAGAAUCAUCACUAGAUACGUCUGAAGAGGAUCAAGAAGGGAUCGAACAGGCUCCGGUGCCGCGGGAGAAGAUCCUGGAGAGGAUCAACUCCAAGAAGGAGAUGAAGUCGUACCAGCUGGGCAAGCAGCUUUCCUUCAAGUGGACCACGGGAGCGGGCCCCCGGAUCGGGUGCGUGCGCGACUACCCGUCGGAGCUCCAGCUGCAGGCGCUGGAGCAAGUGAACCUCUCGCCGAGGUGCAGCACCGCCGCAGAGGCGAAGCUUCAACCGACCAGCGACAAGCGAGUGCGAAGCGUCCACGCCGAGGGAAGCGUUCCUGUCGCCUCUGCAGUGGCAACUGGAGCUGACUGACAACUUUCAUGACGAGCACUUGCAGUUGCAGCUGAAAAGUGUUCUUGAACUCUUGAAACUACUUGAUGAUUGAAGAUGCAUAGAGUAGGGGUUAAGGAAAUAAAAGAACAUACUGCUUUUGUAGAUGUAGGCCAGGUAUAGUAUACUCAUACACACAUUGUUCAUCAAACGAUGUGAUACUGUUAACAUGAUGACCCCAAAAAGUAUAUAAAGAUUAUUUCAUUCUUUUCA